AUGAAUUCUUUACCAAUUGAAGCAAAACUUGACGUUUUAAAAUUUCUUGAUUUUAAUCAAUUAUACUCUUUUAAACAAACUAAUUUUUAUUUUCUCAAUUUAAUUAAUAAAUACAAGGAGGAAUUGGCACUAAUUAAAUUCAAUACAUUCUCAAUAACUGACGAAGAUCGAGAAUUAACUUCAUUUAAAAUUAUUGAAAUUGAAUCUGGAAUUUUUGAUAUUUUUUUAAAUGAACAUAUUUUGAAGAAGUGGCAAGCAGCACUAGAUAAAUCAAUUCCUUUGUUUUUACAUGAUUUUGAAUCAAACAAAAAAUUUAUUGUUUGUUUGCAGAAGACACUUUACCGUGUGGACGAUAUAAAUCCUCAUUAUCGUCUUUUAAAUUUGCCAAAUUUUCCAAAAAAUAUUGAAGAAAUGAUUGUUAUUCGGUGUUGGUUAGAACAACUUUUUAAUUGUUCUUUUACUUAUGCUUACUUUUCUCUUGUUGUUUUUAAUCCUGAAAUGAUUGAUUUACUAUUUGACAACGAUAAAACAAUUGCAACACAAUUUCACAUUAGAAGACCUUAUUUAACGGCUGGAAAUAAUAUAUUUGAGAGUGUUUUCAAAUUAGUUUUAAAUCAUUUCUCAGUUUUUUUAUCUCCUACCAUCACUUUUAAAGACGACAUUUCUGAACAACAUAUAGACAUUUUGUUAAAUAUUAUAGUAAAUGAAGGCAAAAAAUUAUCGAAGAUUUAUUUAGGAUGUUCUAAGUUUAUAACGCUUCAUGAUCUUAUUGUAAAAUAUGUAGCAACAUCGGCAGACUGUUCAAAAAUGGUGGCUUUUAUUGUUCUAGAUUAUUUUUCAUUUCCAAAUUUUAAAUUGGAUGCGAGAGCAGAAAAUGUUGAAAUUACAAAAAUUAACGACUUAGAAACUACCAGUUAUCAAAUUGCCAAUAUUUAUAAUCCAGGAGUGAAAUUUUUAAUUCAGAAUUCUGAUACAUUAACAUUUAUAGAAAGAAUGUAA